AAUGCAUUCAAUGGGUGAGACAGCGAGUGGAAGAUCAGUAUGCAGUGGUCAGGUCAGUCUGUCAGUCGCGCAGCGCCAGCUCCCUGAGCCGCCUCGCUUAAGCUUUACGACACCGUCGGCACGCGAGAUCGAUAAGCCACCCUCCUGGGCCAUCAUCACAACACACCCAGACAGACAGACAGGCAGACAGACAGACACCCUCGAUGAGCGCACAUGAAGUAUACACCGUUCUGGAUGGGCCAGAUUUGCUUCAACGCACAUCAAGUCCGUCACACAAAAGUCCCUCAAGCUCACAGAUCUACAGUGUCAUCAGCUCCUCGGUCCUCAGUCAGAUCAGCUCAUGAUGGCUACCCUGGGUCGUCAGCCACACCGGCUGGCGACUGCCGUGGUGUACUGCACUGCCAGCACCUUGAUCAACAGGCGCGACAGCCACCCACGCGACGCCGGCACUGGCGGAAUGCCCCUGCACACCACACACAAGGCGCAGGUCGGUGUUUGGUCACUCUGGCCGUCGGCCGACUCACCUGUAUCGCUCGUCGAUGAAGCGCACCAUACUCACACAGCUCGUCCCUCUCUCGGUGGCCGCCAGGUGUUCCGGGACGACGUCAUGGCCCUCGACGGUGUGCUCGAGCUGCACCAACACAAGAGAGAGCCAUCACGUGUGCUUGACGUGUCUCAAUGACCCGAUGGAUCUGACCCGCCCCGCCCCGGCUGACGCACCUCGGAGGGAAGCCCGAGCUUUUCGCUAACACACGCCACCAACUCACGGACCACCUGCAGAGCCAAACACACACACACACACACACACACACAUGGAUGGACGCAUUGACCUCUGCUCAGGGACUCACCUGCAGAAAGGGCUGGUAGGCGCCCGGGACGACGUUGAAUGCGAGAGGCAGCCCGCGCAGCGUGGCUGUUCGGUGGGAAUGGACGGGCAGUCUGAGUGUGGCCGCCCACACCCGAGCUGCGCCGCCAUCCGCACCGACAGUGUCCACAACCGCCGGUCGCAUCUCCAACACACCCCUGACAGACAUGGCCCACCACCACCAUCCGCCGGCCCAUCCAGCUAUCCGGUGUGUCUGUGUUGUGUGAUCACCACUGUUUGGUUUGCUCGUGCAUCAGCGGGACAAUGAGAAGGGGCGGUGAAUCGCUCUCCUGCGAUGCUGACGCGCUCAACGGCCCACCGGCAGAGUCCCACUGUGCCAAAGUCGACACCUGAAGUCACAUGGAUGUGUGUGUGGAUGAACCUUAAGAUGCGCUGAGGGGCUUACGAUCUCAUCGACGAUGCGCUGUUUGUCCCGAAGGUCCCACUCCAUUACCAGCCCCUCCCUUGUUUCGCUCUCGUGCACACCCCAAUCCACCAGGGCCGUGUCGAGGAUCCUCUUCUUGCUGCCGACCGACGGCGGCUCUUGAGAGACUGCACCUUCCAGACCAACGCCUCUUGCGUAAUGGUCUUGCGUGAUGGUGGCGUCGGGGAGUGCGCUGGGGCUGCGGGCGAUGAGGUGCAGCAGACGGUCCACCACCUGCAGAAAACGCAGACAUCAUCACCGAGUGUGUGAUGUGGUGUCUGCUGAUCGACUGGCCCUUACCUGUUUGUCCGCGAUGUCGUUGAGUAUGUUCUCGAUGUCGUGCCUCGUUGCGGCAUCGACAGACUGCACGCAUCUGCAGCAACGGCCAGCCAACCAAUCAGUCAGCAACCAUCCACCUGUUCUGUUCUGUUUUGUCGUGGCGCUCUCCCUCACCUCUGCACCUGUGCGAGCCGCUUUUCCACUGCCCCAUCGGUCAGCAGCCGGCUGUCCAGGGCAUACCGCUCGCAGAUGUCACCAUCGCCCUCCCCCCCCUCCCCUCUCAGCCCAUCGACCAGUUGAUGGACCUCCUCUGACGUCACCUUGAUGAACCAGCCAUCAUCCCCGUCGUCCACCGCCAUUGGCGCCGGCCCAUCGCCAUCGGCCCCUGCUGGCGCUGCUGCUGCCGCUGCAGCUGCUGGCUGGCUCUCCUCCUCCCGCUUCUCUUCCUCCUUCUCUGUCUUGGUCUGUCGCCUCGGCUGGGAGGCCUCCCGCGGUGUCUUGCGCCGCCGCUUGGGGCCAUACGCUGACGGCGAUGGGCUCGAUAGGUCCCCAUCGCCACCUCUGAGGUUCUCGUCGCCUUCCCCUCGCACGGGAGUGGAUGGCCUGCUGCCGAAGGGUCGCUUGAUUCGGCUCAUGAUGGACGAGAUGAUGCCGGGGCUCUUGCCAGCUGUUGCCGGAGGACCGGCAGGCUCCUGCUGACCAUCCUGAUCGUCUCCUUGCUCCACUGGCGCCAUGUCUUCAUCCUCGGCUGCCGCAGCAGCGGCAGCAUGAGGCUGAGGGUGCUCUUGUGCUUUGAUGGCUGCUUGUGGCGGGAGCUCCUCUGUCUGGGCAGUGGUGCCACGGGUGUCUGCAGACAGACAAGGAUACGCACGUGGGCCGAUGAGGAUCGAUCGACAAUCCGCCCCUUUCCCUCCUUUGCGUACCCGUCCGAGGCGGAGUGGGCCAUGGCGUAGGGCGGCUUCCCACCGUGACUUGCGUGGACACACCGCUGCGCAGUGCCAUCCUGGUCACGGCCUCCACAGCCUGCUGCAGCGAGCGGUCGACCCGCUCAAAGUCCGCAUCAACGGGCAGCUGCUGCCCCACCCACGACGCGUCGUCCCACUCGGCCACGAAGCGAUGCGCGUCGGCAUCCCACCUCACACGCCCUCGACGAGUGGUGAAGCGAAAUGAGCAGCGGCCGAGGAGGAGAUUGGCCUUCUUUGUGACAUCAUCUCCGACUGUGGGGAAGGUGCCCUGACCCCAGUGGCUCCGUGCUGCACCCUCACUCGAAGCUGGACGUCCAGCGUCCUCCUCGCCACCGAUGCAUUGCUGGUAGUCUCUGUCCUCGCGGAAGAUCUCCACCGCCCGCCCCCUGUGGAUCUCUGUGACAGCUGAGCGUGGGGGCGGCUCGGCGUAUCCCGGGAUGGGCCCGGUGUCGGGAGGGGGCGGGAAGGCGCUGUGGCUGAGAGGGAAGGUCCGCCCUUCGUGUGUGUACUGGGUGUGCUGGUCUCUCUUGGCCUCGGGGGCGGGGUCUGUGGCGGUGUCGACUGAUGGGGGUGGAGGGAUGUCGGGGCCGCUCGCCACCGUCGGCCUCUUGUUCUUGUAGUAGUGGACAUACGUCGAGUCCUGAUGCACACACAUACCAGGUGACACACAGACCAGCACAUGACAUGUUGCUGAAUCGAGCGGUUUCAUCGUUCAAUGACACGCACCCUGCUAAUGCGGUCGAGCAGUUGCCUCAUGUAUCUGCCGCCAUCGUCCUUGACCUCCACCGGAAUCUCCACGUUGAUCACACGCCUGCAAUGACAGCCAAGCGCCACAGUCACAUCCUUCGAUGGGCAGCUUUUCCUCUGCUUACGUCACAGUGUGUGGCUCCAUCAUGCUGAUGUCCUGUGAGUGUCCUCGCAGCCGUGCGAUGGCUCCUCUCAGGCAGGCGAUGAAGCACUCGAAGAAGAUGAAGCAAUCUGAGAGAUGCGCACCGAGUUGGCCGAUGAAGCAACCGGAGCGCCCUUUCUCUCUCUCCCCUUCCCUUCCUUUCUCAUUUGCUUGUGUCAGAAGUGCAAGUCGG